UAAUGAAAUAAAAAAAUAUAUAUAAUUUAAAAAAUAAUAAGUCUAGUGACAAAAUCCAAAAAAAACAAUCCCGUGAAAAAUUAAUUAUGUUUAUAUUUUCAUUGGAUUCUUCCGUGUCAGUGAUACCGCCACCAUCCACCAGUGCAAAAACCAAAAUUAACCGCACUCACCAGAUAAUGGUUAGUCAAUUGCCUUUCAGGGAUGUUAAGGGCUCAUGGACCCCUUUACUUUGUAUAUGACCUCCAAAUAUUGCCUCCUCUAGGAUAUGGACACCUCCUCUGGGCGUUCUUCCUGAUUUUCUCUGGGGGAUUCAGUGAGAGGAGUAACCA